CUAAUUUUAGAUCGCGGGCCUGCCCACAUUUACAAUAAGGUGUGAGGACAUCGAGGCAACAACACGUCUACAUAUUGUCUCUCCGUUUGACCGCUGAAGACAGCAAUCGAAUAAGAUUUAUCUCUAAUUUCCCAUGGAAUUCAAGUUUAUACCGGUACAACUAAAUCUCUCUGGAUGUAUUCACCACAGAGAAUGGUUCACACAGGAGAAGAACGCAAUUUACCUGAUGUCCCGGCGGGUAAGGAUGAAGUGGCACUGGCCUUAGAAGACGCACAGAGACACACAAAGGAGACGCCCCAUCCCACAGAAAAUGUACGCAAUGUGGCUUCAUCAGUUAAGGAUGAACAGCUGUGCACAUCAAUGACGACGGGGGCGUCGGGAGGCUAUAUGCUUGGAUCCAACGUGGCAGGGGCGCACCAUGGAGAUAAUUACAUUCUGUACUUUCCAAAUGCAGACGUACCCUUGAAGCAGAUAAAGGACCUUAUUGAUCAAAUGAAAACGAGCGUUUCUUCCACCAGGACUGCACAGAAUCAACCGUGCCAAACUCCUAUGACUGACAAGGGAAACGACAAUGCUGAUGAACACAUCACAAGUGGGGUCUCAUAUGCGGAACAUGAAGAGGAACACUUGAUGACAGAUGAGGAACUCUACUUUCACCUUCAUCAGUGUCACAUCGAUGUAAGUGAUGAGGACAUUAAUGCCUUAAAGGAUGAUGAGGUGUAUUGUUAUAUUGUGGAUUUCCUUGCGUGCUACAAUAUCAGAAGGUCAGGACCAAGAUGUGAUUCCACCGCAUUGGGAGUUAAGAUGAGAAAUACAGUGAUUCACCAUACACAUAACAAGAUAGACCCGCCCAAUGCUGCAACAGAAGAAACUACUUCAGAUGUCAAACUUAAGUUUAAUGUCAAAGGUGGGAAAGAUUCCGAGAAGCAGGGAAAGGACCUUCUUGAUGAUGUCGACUCAGAGCAUCUGAUGGAAGAUUGUACAACUGCACCAACACAACUACAUGGACUGAAUUACAUCCCUGGAAGAUGUGUGGAGUUUACAUAUGAUUUGAGAUGGAUCCAGUCUGGCGCAGUGCGAGUCAUUACCAGGCACAAUGUGGAAAAAACUGUUGAGAUAGGAAAAUUACUUUCUUUAGAAAAAGUGCGCAAUGUUUUCUCAUUUUUGGACGCUAUUCUGACUGAAUUUAAUGAUCAACAUUGGACUACGCGCGGUUCAGGGUUUUAUCCACUUCACCCUGAAUCUAUUUCAGAAAUAAUCAGAAUUGAUUUGAGAGACAUUCAGAACAUAUUAGUAAGAGUGAAAACUAAACAAAAUGUCGAAUUGAUUUUGCAGAUUAGUGCCAUGAAACCAUCAAAGAUCAAGAUUCAAAAGAUCGAACAUUUUCUGUCUGGCAUGCUUUUAGAAGAAUAUUGAGCGACACAAUUACAUCAACUGAUGAUUGGGUAAUAUGAAACACCAUGCUCGUCAGUACUUCCUAUGGGUGUCAUGUAUUUACACGUACUAUGUCAAAUAUUAGCAAUAACACCUUUGUUUUGCAAUUGGGUGAUCAUGUACAGAUACAUGAAAAGUGAUAUAAAACGUGAUAUCUUAAUCCUUACAUUUUCUAAUGCAUUUUACCCCUGUUGUCAGCCAACCUAAACUGUGUAUUAACCGUUUUUCAUUUGUUAGUUUAGUUUUAUAUUUAUUACAUCUUCUUUGUCAUAUGGCUUUGAUGUUAUUAGCAAUUUGAUGUUAUUGAAACCAUAUGGCCUCCACCAGUCCAGUGUUCUACGUCAUUCAAUUAUGAUGAGCACACUGAAUCCAAUCGCUGGAGAAGACGCCAAUCGCAAUCUUUCUGAUAGUAACUUCAACUUAACUUGAUUGGUGACAAAUUUGGUCAAGCAUAUUUAUCAUAAUGGAAUGGAGAAAAGUACAAUGGAUGAUUAUUCUAGGAUUGGAAUCGCUCUUAGCCCAGCGAGCAUAUAUAUGCCUUCUUGUACAUAGCUACUUGUAUUAAUAAAACGUGUAUAUACCCCAAA